AUGCGCCACAAAUCUACCAAGCGAAGUGCCAUGAGCUCAGAUUUGAAUCUGCGCAAGGAACUCGGGGAGAUCGAGGACUUACCAGAUGAGGCAUCUAAUCUUGGGUCCAUCACUAGAUUGAAAUCGCCUCCAAAUUUCUGUUAUGAUAUGACGUUAAACACUUCUGCCGUAUCUCACAUUUAUGUUAAGUUAAAACACGAAUACACCAAUCAGAUCACAUUCAGAGCUCAAGGUCGGGCAUUCCAAACUGUAACCACCUUACUAGGUGUUGAUAUUAUGGAAGCCCCUAAAAGUGUCUCUCCUCAUACUCCCCUGGAUAGACAUGUUAGGGUUAGGGUUAAAUCACCUGUGCGAUAUAAGUCUCAUGAAAGUUAUGAAAGUGCAUGUGAGUCUGACGGUGAUGUGGGGAAGCGUGUGACUUAUUCCUUGCCACAAAAUCACAGGCGACCAACAUAUGCUGAGGUGGUUUCUAGGAAGAAAAAUUCCCAAUAUUCAGAAAAGGAUCAGAGCUCCUCCAGCAUAAUUAAGUUUUUAAAUAGUACAGUAUCUAAGUUUUCCAAGAAAGGUUCGUCUCAGAUAGCCAAUCACUUAGAACUGUAUGAAUCCACUAUGGAUUCUUUAAAAUUAUACUCUGAUGCUGACCGGAUUAGGUUCCUUCCAUGGGCAUUUGAUGAUAGAUAUCGUCAUUAUUUUACAUCCUUUAAGGAGAGAGGAGUACUAGAUUGGCCAAGUGUUUUGCAUGAGGUUAAAUUGGAAUUCGGUCCAUACCGAACCACUACUGCUGCAAAACGGGACAUAUAUAGCCUUACGUGUAGACCCAAUCAGAGUCCCCGUGAAUUCCUCUCUGUCCUCAAAAAUGCCUAUGGAUUGGCAUAUAGAUCCCCAAAUUGGGAAUCUGAAGAAUUCAAGCAGUUAUUCUAUGAUGCUAUGCCAACCCAGAUCAAACUUAACUUAGCUAGAGAUCUGGAUAUUGAUGCUCCCUUGGAUAGGUUGGUGACGGCUGCCACCACGCUGUAUAAUAUCAGUGAGUGCCAUGCAACAGGUGAGAAAAGGUUUAAAAAUUCCCCAGAGAAAAAGGUAGCUGAAGCUAAGGUAAACCCUAACUUGGGAUUUGAAAGCCAGCCACGAAGAUUCCCUCAAUCUACAGGACCUUCUCAACAAGCCCAGCAACAACAGGUAGGACCGCCCAAACAGACCAAACCCCUAAAUAAUAAUGGAUCAGAGGGGAAUAAUUCAGGUAAUGGGAAGUCUAACUACCGUCCCUAUUACAAUUACGGUCCCCAGGGAUAUAGGCCCUAUAACACUAGAAGUUACCAGGGUUAUAGACGAUAA